AUGCCUAAAAGAGCAGCAGAAGCGCCUCUUUCAUCUGAAACACAUAGGGUCAGACCAGACACUUUUAGUAACUACAGAUCUCAAGUAGCUAAGCUCUUGUCUCAAAAAGAGAGGACCUCAAACCAUGAAGUCACUACGAGGCAUUCUAACAGCGGUGUAGGAUCUGCUAUGUCAAAUGUCAAGAAAGAUAAACUGAAUGUCUUGUUAAGGCAGUGCGUCAAGAAUCUAACUCCAGAAGUUGACGAGAUGCAGCGACGUGUAUGCUCCAUGUACCUAUACCUAAUUUCACAGUUGGGGAACAAAUGUCCUUCUUCCUCACCGGUUGGUCCUGAAGAAUCUGGAGGAGAGAGCGACGGUGAGAUACAAUUGCUUCUGAAGUCUGACCCUGAUCUUGUCAAGAGAAAAACGUCCCUUCAUACAAACAUUCUGCUUUCAGAGCUGGAGAAUAUGCAGCAGAAACUGGAGGGACUCCUUGACGAUGUCGUGACCACUUGCAGACCAAUGACUCGCGGUGAAAAGCGUGUGCUUAUGAAAUCAAUCAAGGAGUUACCUAAGGGAGAUCACGACCGCAUCAUAGAAAUAGUAAGAGAUCAUUGCAUAACAUCUGGUGAAGAUUUCUCUGACAAAGUUACAGUCAAUCUGGAAAACUCGCAGGACAACGUAAAUCUAUGGAGGCUGCAUUACUAUGUAGGAGCAGUCAACAAUGCCCGUAAGCUCGAUCUCUAG